AUGGCCUUCCUCUGCUGCCUGGGUUUGGAUGUGUUUGGCCUCAUCUCCCCAAGGACCACUGGUCUCCUUGGUCAAGACUGGAGCCCUUCACUCUCGGCACCCCUCACCUUCCAGCUCCCCACCCUACACCACACAGUCGUGGGGAAAGAGGCUGAUCAGGCUCCCGACUCUGCUACUUCACAGCUGGACGCCUCGUCCGAGGCACCCAGCCUCCCCGAGCCGGCCGCCAAACCGCAGCCUUUAGCAAUCGUGCGCGCCCACCCGGCGCCCGGGCAGCCUCGCCGCGGCCGCGACUCACCCUGCGGCCCGCCCGCCGCCCGCGCCCCAGCCCCGCGCGCCAUCCGCUCCCGCGGCCUUGUCACCGCUCGGCUGCGGCGUCCCGACACCCCGCCGGGCCUCGAGGACCGGGCGAGGCCGGACCCGCCGGCCAAGGCCGAGCCCGGGUGGCCGAGGGCACAGGGCGGGGCGGCGGGCUCGGCAGCCGGGCCCGCGAGCGCCAGCCCGACCUCAGCCCAAGGGCAAAGCUGCAAAUAG